AUGUUCGAAGCAGAUUUGAGACAAGCCAGAAAACUUAUAAAUGAAACUGAGAAACAAAGAGAAGAGUUGGAACGUAAAGCUAGGGCAAUGGCCGAAGAAAUGGCACAAUUGAAGAGAAAAAAUGAAGAAGCUUCCCAUGUCCAUGAAGAAGACAAGGAACGGAUGGAUGAAUUAUUGUUGAAAUUGGCUGCUUUGGAAAGUGAAUUGGCGGCACUGAGACGUCGAAUAGCUAUUGUAGAGGAAGAUGUGAAAGUAUUGAAGAGAGAAAAUAGUCGACUUACUGGAGAAUUACAAAGGACAAAAACUGAAUUGGACCAAGAAACACUCAACAGAAUUGAUCACCAAAACCAAGUCCAGACAUUAUUGGAAGAAUUAGACUUUCUCCGGCGUGCCCACGACCAAGAAAUUCAAGAUUUGCAAGCAAUGGCUGCUCGAGACACAACACAAGAAAAUCGAGAAUUUUUCCGGAAUGAAUUGGCUUCGGCAAUGAGGGAGAUUAGAGAGGAUUAUGAGAGAAUAAAUAGUCGAAACAGAACAGAUAUAGAGUCUUGGUACAAAUUAAAAGUACAGGAAAUACAAACACAAUCAGCUAGACAAAGUAUGGAGCAUAAUUAUGCUAAAGAAGAAAUUAAACGAUUACGGACUCAGUUGGGCGAUUUGAGGGGGAAAUUGGCUGACUUGGAGGGGAAGAAUUCUCUCUUGGAAAAACAAGCAGAAGAAUUAGCCUAUCAAUUAGAGGACGAUCAAAGAAGUUAUGAUUCAGCUUUGAAUGACCGAGAUACCCAAAUACGCAGAAUGAGGGAUGAAUGUCAAGCUUUAAUGGUUGAAUUACAAAUGCUUUUGGACACAAAACAGACGUUGGAUGCAGAAAUUGCUAUUUAUAGAAGAAUGUUAGAAGGGGAGGAAGACAGGGCUGGGCUUAAACAAUUAGUUGAACAAGUUGUUAGAACACACCAAAUUAAACAAAGUGAUGAAUCGGGUAAGGGUUGUCAGUGUGUAAGUACAGUGUAA